GUCAAUCCACGUUGUUUUAUCUACGACAUCAUUACUCAAAAAAAAGAUAAUUAUAUCCAACUUUUCCUUCUUCUUUUCGAUACAAUUUUUUUUGUCAACGAUGAUAUUUUCUUAAGAAAUAUACUAACUAUACUAUAAGACUUUAAAUUCCACCUGGAAUUAGGAUGUUUUGGUUGACCUGACAAGUCAUUUUUUUUUUUUUUUGGUUUAUAAACAACAACAAGAAUUUAAAAUACAUGAACCACACACUGGGGAAAUAAAAAUCAUGAUCAAGCGUUGAAUCGUAAAUUACUGACUCUUAUCUAUAUAACCUGGAUGGUAUAUCGCAUCUAAUUCGAAUGAGUAAAAUCGUAAAUAUAUAUUAUUGUAUUGCAUUACCAAUUUGAAAUUGUCUUGUAUAAAGAUUAAUUCUUCCGUUUUUAUUUUUUUAAUCUAAUUAUAUCAUAAAGUCAAACAAAUAUUAAAAUCUGUUUUAAAAUAAAAUAAUGACUUACGUGGCAAAUUGUGGCAUUUCAAUAAGAAGAGGCACCGCGCGCAUGUCUUUUCAAUAUUUUGAGUUUGUACUAUAGACUGUUUCUCUCCCUAUUUGGCUCUGUUUUGUUUAUUUUGUUCAUGGCCGAAGACUCAAGCUCCUCCGAUUCAAUCAUCGUUAACGUCGUCGGAGAUGAUAACAAGUCGGCCUUGUUCGGAAAAUACGAUCUCGGUAAACUCCUCGGCAGCGGCGCGUUUGCCAAAGUCUACCAAGCCGAGGAUCUCCAAAACGGCGGAGAAAGCGUCGCGAUCAAAGUCGUCCAAAAAAAGCGUUUGAAAGAAGGACUAACGGCGCACGUUAAGAGAGAAAUCUCCGUCAUGCGCCGUCUCCGUCAUCCUCAUAUCGUGCUCCUCUCCGAAGUCCUCGCCACCAAGACGAAGAUCUAUUUCGUAAUGGAGCUAGCCAAAGGAGGCGAGCUUUUCUCCAGAGUCACCAGCAACCGUUUCACUGAGAGUCUUAGCCGGAAAUAUUUCCGUCAGCUUAUCUCCGCCGUGAGGUAUUGCCACGCGAGAGGUGUUUUCCACCGUGAUUUAAAACCGGAGAAUCUCCUCCUCGACGAGAAUCGAGAUCUCAAGGUUUCCGACUUCGGUCUCAGUGCGAUGAAGGAGCAGAUCCAUCCCGACGGUAUGCUCCACACGCUCUGUGGUACUCCUGCUUACGUGGCGCCGGAGCUUCUUUUGAAGAAAGGCUACGACGGUUCCAAAUCUGAUAUCUGGUCGUGCGGCGUCGUUUUGUUCCUCCUCAACGCCGGCUACUUGCCGUUUCGCGAUCCCAACAUCAUGGGACUGUACCGGAAAAUUCACAAAGCUCAGUACAAAUUACCGGAUUGGACUUCUUCGGAUCUACGGCGGUUGCUCCGCCGUCUCUUGGAACCGAAUCCGGAACUGAGGAUCACCGUCGAGGAGAUUUUAAAGGAUCCGUGGUUCAAUCACGGAGUAGAUCCGAGCGAAAUCAUCGGAAUCCAAGCCGACGAUUACGAUCUAGAGGAGAACGGGAAAAUCUUAAACGCUUUCGAUUUGAUUUCUUCGGCAUCGUCAUCGAACCUCUCCGGGUUGUUCGGGAAUUUCGUGACGCCGGAUCAUUGUGACCAGUUCGUCUCCGACGAGAACACGGCGGAGAUUAUGGUGAAGGUCGAGGAAGUUGCGAAGCAGUUGAAUCUGAGAAUCGCGAAGAAGAAGGAGAGGGCGAUAAAGCUUGAAGGGCCACAUGGAGUAGCCAAUGUCGUCGUUAAAGUUCGCCGGCUAACUAAUGAACUAGUCAUGGUGGAGAUGAAGAACAAGCAAAGAGACGUGGGCCUUGUUUGGGCCGAUGCUCUUAGGCAAAAGCUACGUCGUGUGAUUAACCAACCGGUUUAUAGAAAUCCCUGACCAAUCCAUUAAAAAAUGGUUUCGAACCGUGCGUGAGAAAUUUUUACUCGGAUUUUUUUCAACGUAAAAAAUACAAUCGUGAGGGUUUCAACAUUUAAACAAGAGAACCGGUUUUUUAAUUUUCAAAACUUGAUUGAGGAUUCGAAAAGCAUUAUGGUGAACCGGUUCGGUUUACAUUGGAGCAGAGAGAGUAAUGGAAAUGUUCCGCCUCUUUGUAUAUAAAAAAGGAAGAAUACGAACUCGGUUUCUAUUUCUUCCGGAGUAAACCAAAUACAAAAUUUAUUUAUUUUAUUUGUUGGAGAGAAUUUGAAUAAAAAGUUGAUCUGAAAUUUGUAGUGUG